AUGUGCUCCAGACAGAGCUCCGGAGGCUGCCAUGGAAUGUCCUAUCAAUCCAGUGGCUGCCACAGCGGGGGCUCCUCCUACUGUGGGGGCUCAGGCAGCUACGGCGGAGGUGGAUCCUGCUGCAGUGGAAGCUCCUCAAGCUAUGGCAUUGGAGGAGGCUACGGUGGUGGAUCCUGUGGGGGAUCUAGCCAGAAGAUCAUUGUUAGCUCAGGUGGUGGAGGAGGAUGCUGCAGUGGGGGAUCCAGUGGUGGGUAUUCAGGAUCAAAGAGCAUCAUUGGAGGUGGAAGCAGUGGAGGUUACUCUGGAGGCUGUAGUGGAGGAUCCAGUGGUGGGUAUUCAGGAUCAAAGAGCAUCAUUGGAGGUGGAAGCAGUGGAGGGUACUCUGGAGGCUGCAGUGGAGGAUCCAGUGGUGGGUAUUCAGGAUCAAAGAGCAUCAUUGGAGGUGGAAGCAGUGGAGGAUACUCUGGAGGCUGUAGUGGAGGAGCCAGUGGUGGGUAUUCAGGAUCAAAGAGCAUCAUUGGAGGUGGAAGCAGUGGAGGAUACUCUGGAGGCUGUAGUGGAGGAUCCAGUGGUGGGUAUUCAGGAUCAAAGAGCAUCAUUGGAGGUGGAAGCAGUGGAGGGUACUCUGGAGGCUGUAGUGGAGGAGCCAGUGGUGGGUAUUCAGGAUCAAAGAGCAUCAUUGGAGGUGGAAGCAGUGGAGGGUACUCUGGAGGCUGUAGUGGAGGAUCCAGUGGUGGGUAUUCAGGAUCAAAGAGCAUCAUUGGAGGUGGAGGUAGUGGAGGGUACUCUGGAGGCUGCUGCAGUGGAGGAUCCAGUGGUGGGUAUUCAGGAUCAAAGAGCAUCAUUGGAGGUGGAAGCAGUGGAGGAUACUCUGGAGGCUGUAGUGGAGGAUCCAGUGGUGGGUAUUCAGGAUCAAAGAGCAUCAUUGGAGGUGGAGGUAGUGGAGGGUACUCUGGAGGCUGUAGUGGAGGAUCCAGUGGUGGGUAUUCAGGAUCAAAGAGCAUCAUUGGAGGUGGAAGCAGUGGAGGAUACUCUGGAGGCUGCUGCAGUGGGGGCUCCUCAAGCUAUGGUAUAGGAGGAGGUUACAGCGGUGGAUCCAGUGGGGGAUCUGGCCAGAUCAUCAUCAGCUCAGGUGGUGGAGGAGGCUCAUCUGGAUGCUGCAGCGGAGGAUACAGUGGUGGCUCCUCAGGCCAGACAAUCAUCAGCUCUGGAGGGGGCAGCGGAGGGUCCUAUCAGUCCUCCCAGCAGAAAUGCCCUAUUGUCGUCCCCCACAUCCAGUCCCAUCAAACCAAGCAGUCCUGCCACUGGCCAGGCAGAAGGAAAUAG